CAUGCCCAGGUUACUUAAGCGGUUAGGCAGCCAAGUAACUAUUUCUGAGAUGAGGAAGCAAAGCAUAUCAGCAGCUAAACAAAUUGGGUUAUGCGCUUUCUUUUUUGAACUUGCUACACUUUUCUCACUCAAUGCUCCGCUCUCUCCGCUCCCGUCGCCGCCCCCGUUACGGAGCACACUUGUGCGCCGUCAUCUCCGCUCUCCUCCUCCUCAUCUCAUUGUCUCUCCUUCAUACCCGUCUCUCUUCCUCUCACUACUAUGGCCGCUACCAUCACCACGGCUACCACAGCCGCUCCCGAAACGACGCUGAUUCAGCCGCCAUCAUUCAUCAAAAUCCCCUUCUAUCUGAUUCCGACGACAACUCAAACGAUGACGUAGUCGACAAGAUAGACGAGCACGAUACCUUCGAAGACCAAAACGACAGCACUGGUUUCAGAAUUGACGAUGAAGAGUUAUCUGAAGGGGACCUUGAAAAUGGCCAAACCAAAAGCAAAAGGAAGAUUUCCUCUUCUGGGUAUUUUGUAGAUCACAUAACCGGAUCGAUUCGCAGAGCUCUCAAUAAACGCUCAAUCGACGAUUGGGAUUAUGAUUAUAAUUCGUUUAGUGUGGGGUUGAACGUAGAGGAUCAAAGCAAGGACGCGUUUGGAAGUGACGAUAUUCCUAUAGAUGAGCAUGUGAGGAGGAAAGUCAACGAGGUUGAUGGGAUUGAGGAUGCCUUGUUGUUAAAGAUUGGGAAAAGAGUUUCUCCAUUAAGGGAAGGGUGGGGGGACUGGUUUGAUAAGAAGAGCGAUUUCUUGAGGAGGGAUAGAAUGUUCAAGUCGAAUUUGGAGAUGUUAAAUCCUUUGAAUAAUCCCUUUUUGCAGGACCCUGAUGGGGUUGGGGUUACUGGGUUGACGAGAGGGGAUAAGGUGUUGCAGAAGCUGUUGUUUAAUGAGUUUAAGAAGACCCCAUUUCUUGUUAAGAAGCCGUUGAGGGUUUUGAGAAUGACUUCCGAGGAUGAAGUGGAAGAAAAUGGUCAUGUGGUUGGAAUUAGGAAGAGCGGUGAUAAUGGCAGAGGAACAGAGAGAGAGAGUGAUUUCAAAAAUGGGGGUGGGAUUAAAAUAGCAGAAAGGAGGAUUUUUCAUGAGAAUGAGAGUACUGGAUCACAUAGUGAGAGAUUAAAAAAUGUUAUUGAAAAUCUGAUUUCUGGUGGGAAUGGGAAUGUAUUGAAUGAAGAUGAAAGUAAUGUGAUUCAAGGGUCCAGUUCAAGUAAGGGAUCAUCUACUGAGAAUAUAAAAGAUCCCAAUGGAAAUGGGAAUUCAAAUACAAAUGAGAAUAGUAUUGAUGGAGAACUAAGGCAAAUGGAGAAUAGAGAGUCUAAGUUGCGGAGGAAGUCUGAGGAGUUGAGUUAUGCACUUGCAGACGGGAAAAGAUGGGGUUAUUUUCCUGGUUUGCAUCCUCAUUUGUCUUUCUCAGAUUUCAUGGAUUCUUUUUUCGGGAAGGAGAAGUGUGACAUCAGGGUGUUCAUGGUGUGGAAUUCCCCGUCUUGGAUGUAUACUGUUAGGCACCAGAGGGGACUUGAGAGUCUGCUGUUGCACCACAGAGAGGCUUGUGUUGUAGUGCUAUCGGAGACAAUUGAGCUGGAUUUUUUUGCUGACAGCUUUGUGAAAGAUGGUUACAAAGUUGCUGUUGCCAUGCCAAAUCUUGAUGAAUUGCUAAAGGAUACACCAACCCAUGUAUUUGCUGAUGUUUGGUAUGAGUGGAAAGGGACAAAGUUCUAUCCCACGCACUACAGUGAGCUUAUCCGGCUUGCUGCUCUCUACAAUAUGCUUCUUCCACUUCCCAUGCUUGUGAAUACCAGUGUUGUGAAAGGCACACCUGAGGGGCGAGACACAAGGGGCACCAGAGGCUGUGCCUCUGACCAGGAGAGGUGAGCGCCCUCAUCCAGGCACACCUGAGCGCAGCAAGGCGCAAGGCGCACCUAGGCACACCCAGGUGAGGUGAGGCAGGGAUAUAAAAGGGCCAAAAAAACAGAGCCCUAAUUUAUUUUAUCCCAUGUGACGCAGCAGAGAAAGACAAAGGGGAACUUUUUUUCUUCCAUCCACACAACAGAGAAACUCCCAAAAGAAAAAGAAGGAGAAGAGAAGAAGGCAAGAAAAAAGGCUUACCUUUUGUCUCCCAUCUUCCAUCCAAUGCCUUUACACUGUACAGUAAUUUUUUUUUUUUUAAUUUCUGCUUGCUGUUCUCUUCGACUCUUUUUUUCUUCAUGGGUCUUCUAUCUUCUCUUCGAAAACACCAUUUUCUACUCGUUGCCUUCAUGGGUCUUUUAUAGGUACCAUCUUAUCUUCUUCUCCUUACAUAUACUGUUGUUUUUUUUUUUUCAUUGGUUAUAUGUUCAGUUCUCUUCAAAAACACCAUUUUCUACUAUUUCUCUUCAUGGGUCUUCUAUGGGUACCAUCUUUUCUUCUUCUCUUCAGUCUUCACAUAUAAUAUGAUACUGUUGCUUUUUUUUUCCUCUUCAGUCUUCCCAUCUUCAAUCUUCACAAUAUAUAUGUUACUGUGGCUGUUACUAUUAAUUUAUAUUUAUGUGGCAUGGAUUAUUAGAGAAAUUAUAAUUUAGUGAAAGAAGCGAUUGAAAUUGUAUUACCAUUUUGGUAAAAUUAUAAUUUAGUGAAAUUCUUUAAUUGAAAUUGUGUUAUCAUUUUA